CAUCUGUUAUAUUUGCUUUUCAAAUGAGGCUCUGAGGAUCAUACGAGAGGUGAGUGUGAGUUUAGAGCUGCUUCACUGAGACCAGCCGUCAGCACCGAGAGAAGAAACCACCAACAUCGAACGCACAACAUUGCAAUCUUCCAGACAGGAGCACAAAUUCCAGCAGACUGAAACAAUCUGUCGUCCAACGCAGUGAAGAUGCAGUGGAGUCUGUUUCUGCUCAUUCUGAUGGGUCAGUGUUUUUUCGUCAUGUGUCGCCUCUAUCAAUACAAAUUGAUUAAGCAGGAAAUGAACUGGACGGAAGCUCAGAGUUACUGUAGAAGUCAUUAUAUAGACCUCGCCACAGUGUAUGACAGAAAACACAAGAAACGCAUGAAAGCCAUGGAGCAACUCUCUGGAGGAGACGCCUGGAUUGGACUGAACCGCAGAGGAAACGUAACCACCUGGAAGUGGUCAGAUGGGAGCAGUUCCACGUUCAGACUCAACAGUGUUAAUAAAGCGUCUGGUGGUAAAUGUGUUUCGACUCAGUCAGGAGAAUGGAGCUCUGCACCCUGUGAUGACAGAAAACCCUUCUUCUGCUAUAAGGAUAAAAUGAAACUGAUCAAACAAGAGAAGACCUGGGAGGAGGCCUUGGAUUACUGCCGAGAGAAGCACGAUGACCUGGUCUCCAUCACCGACCAGAAACAGCAGGAAUGGGUCAAAGAGGAAGUCGGGCAGGCCGGGACUGACUUCAUCUGGCUGGGGCUGCGCUACACCUGCACCCUGAACAUCUGGUUCUGGGUCAAUGGUGAGGUACUCAACUAUGACAACUGGAAUUCAACACAAAGUCCUGACUGUUACUCUGCAGCAGCCAUGAAUACAACAGACUAUAAGUGGGUCAAACAGAUGGAUAAUGAGACGUUUAAAUUCAUUUGUGUCAAAUAGAAAGUGUUCAACCCACCUGACCGCAGUGGGGACACUUUUCAUAAAUCUGGGGCAUUUUUUUUCUUUGCUACAAAACUCUAUGAUACGAUACUGCAGUACUACAAUAUCAUACAGUAUACUACAAUACUGUAUGAUACAAUACUGCAAUACCACAAUAUCAUACAGCAUACUACAAUACUAUAUGAUACAAUACUGCAGUACUACAAUAUCAUACAGUAUACUACAAUACUAUAUGAUACGAUACUGCACAUUCUGCUCUCUGGGUUUAUUGAAAAGCAACAUGACAAACGUAGAAAUUACUAAAAGACAUUUUUUUGCUUCUACGUAUUUAAAGAAUAUUUAAUCUUUUCGUUAACAUCUGGUGAUGGUUAUAAAAUGUGUGAUACUGUAUUUUAUUUACUCUGAUAUUAAUAAUAUAUAUUUCUGCAAGCUCAUGUGAAGUAAUAAUCGUCUUUUGGGAUAAACCAUGAUCCUGGCUUACCCGGACUUCAAUGUGUGAAACAGCUGAAUGUUGUGAUUCUACAAUCAGGUUUGUUUAUUUAAAAUAUGUUGAUUAUCCUGAAACCUUUUGACUCAGCUUGAGAGUUUUCUUACACAGAUUCUUAAUCUUUAUUAAAGUAGAAAACAAAGACUGUUUCUGAUUUCACUUGGUUUGUUGAACGUCAAUAAAGAGCUUGUGAAAAUGUG